GUGGUUAUUGCCACAAACAUUGCUGAAACGUCUCUUACUAUUGAUGGCAUCUACUAUGUUGUGGAUCCUGGUUUUGUGAAGCAGAAAGUGUACAACUCCAAGACAGGAAUUGACCAGCUGGUUGUGACACCCAUUUCACAGGCGCAGGCCAAGCAGCGAGCGGGAAGAGCUGGAAGGACAGGCCCAGGGAAGUGCUACCGACUCUACACAGAGCGUGCCUACCGUGAUGAGAUGCUGACCACCAAUGUCCCCGAGAUCCAGCGGACCAACUUGGCUAGCACUGUGCUGUCGCUCAAGGACAAGCAAGCUCUUGCUGACCAGAAGAAAGCCAAGUUCCACCAGACUGAAGGGGACCACCUCACACUUCUGGCUGUCUAUAACUCCUGGAAGAACAACAAGUUCUCCAACCCCUGGUGCUACGAGAACUUCAUCCAGGCCCGCUCACUGCGCCGGGCACAGGAUAUUCGCAAACAAAUGCUGGGCAUCAUGGACAGGCACAAGUUGGACGUGGUAUCUUGUGGGAAAGCGACCGUGCGAGUUCAGAAGGCCAUCUGCAGUGGCUUCUUCCGGAAUGCUGCCAAGAAAGAUCCCCAGGAGGGCUAUCGGACGUUGAUUGACCAGCAGGUGGUCUAUAUCCACCCUUCAAGUGCCCUCUUCAACCGCCAGCCUGAAUGGGUUGUGUACCAUGAGCUGGUGCUCACAACCAAGGAGUACAUGCGGGAGGUCACCACCAUAGAUCCCCGCUGGCUGGUGGAGUUUGCGCCAGCGUUCUUCAAGGUUUCUGACCCCACGAAGCUGAGCAAGCAGAAGAAGCAGCAGCGUCUCGAGCCACUGUACAACCGCUAUGAGGAGCCCAAUGCGUGGAGGAUAUCACGGGCAUUCAGGCGCCGAUGAGCCCUCUUCCUGGCAUUGCCAAGAACUAUUCGCCGUAUCAAGCUAACCCAGCCAGCAAGCAUUCGUUUGCAGUUGGAAUGACAGGAGGUGAAGAGAAGCAGCUCACUGCCAGCAUCUGAGUUGCUGCCGUGGCUGAUUCAGAGACACUUCCGUUUGGAAAGCAACAUUCUAUACCUCUGUUUCCACCCUGUCUGAUGAGCAACAGGCGCUGUGUAACUUUGGGCCUCCUUGGUUAGGGAAGGCCUGAUGGAAUUCCAGCUUCCAAAGAAGUCACUGAGAAGGAGCACCUGCUUUCUGUCUUGUGAUUUUUGCCGGGAACUCUGCCAUCUUCUUUCCCCACAUCCAGGCUGGCAGUGCUGUCAGAGGCCUGUGAUUAGGGAGAAAUUGGGAAGGCUGCCCAUGGGGCAGGGGGAGGGACCAGUCUGGGGGGGCGGCAGGUGGUCUGUGUCUGUGGCCGAGAGGCUUUACUAACUUUGGGGAAACUUUCCUCUGCACUUACCAUAAAGUUGUUCUUACUUCCUGUUUUUGAUCGA